CAGCAGCGGCCAGUUGUGCUGCGGGGCGGGCGUUGGGCGGCGGCGCGUUCCCGGGCGGCUCCGCCGGGCUUUUACUGUGCUCGGGGCGGCGCCGGCGCUCAGUGUGUGCGCAGCCGACUGACGGAGCGGGCCGGGCCGCGCCCGGGAGCAUGGGGGUGAGGUAGGGCCGGGCCGGGCGAGGAGGAAGAGGCGAGCGGGGCCGGCCGGCGGGGCCGGGCCUGCGCGGCGGGGUCGCGGAGCCGGCCGGAGGAUGGAGGACAAGAAGGAGGAGGGCGAGGCGGAGAUCCAGGAGCACGGCCCCGAGCACUGGUUCAGCAAGUGGGAGCGGCAGUGCCUGGCCGAGGCCGAGCAGGAGGAGGCGCUGGCCCCGGAGCUGCAGGACGAGGCGGCGGCGCAGCCCGAGCACAAGCAGCAGAAGCUCUGGCACCUCUUCCAGAACUCGGCCACCGCCGUGGCGCAGCUCUACAAGGACCGGGUGUGCCAGCAGCCGGGGCUCUCCCUCUGGGUCCCCUUCCAGAAUGCAGCCACUGCGGUCACCAACCUCUACAAAGAGAGUGUGGAUGCCCAUCAGCGAAGCUUUGAUGUAGGAAUUCAGAUUGGCUAUCAGCGUCGGAAUAAGGAUGUGUUAGCGUGGGUUAAAAAACGCAGAAGAACUAUUCGUAGAGAAGACUUGAUCAGCUUCCUAUGUGGAAAAGUUCCUCCUCCAAGAAAUUCUAGAGCUCCCCCAAGACUGACUGUAGUAUCCCCUAACCGAGCUACUUCCACAGAAACUAGCUCAUCUGUAGAGACUGAUUUGCAACCCUUCCGUGAAGCCAUAGCUCUGCAUGGUCUUAGUGGUGCAAUGGCUAGUAUAAGUGUUCGCUCAAGUACCCCAGGCUCUCCUACUCACGUGAGCAGUGGCUCCAAUGCUAGUCGAAGGAGAAAUGGACUCCAUGAUGUUGAUUUGAACACUUUCAUAUCAGAAGAAAUGGCACUCCACUUGGACAAUGGUGGAACUAGAAAGCGUACCUCAGCCCAGUGUGGCGAUGUCAUUACAGACUCACCAACUCAUAAACGCAACAGAAUGAUCUAAACUGCAAAAAUUUCAAACCCACCAUGCUGCUUGAAAGCCACUUGAUCCUCAGAGUACUAUUGAAAGGAAACGUGAGGCCAUCUUCCCAUAUUCACUGUUUAAGACAAAUGAAUUCAAUAAUUGCCAUAAGAAGUUUUAGAUAUUACAUUAGAUGCCUCUUGUUACUGCGGCUUUCUUAAACUAUAUUCUUAGCAGAGGACAUCAGAUAUUGUGUAGUAGUUAGCAAGAUCAUCAUAGGUGAACAUGUAUCCGUUCCAAGGCUAAAAGUGACCUUACUUGUAUUCUUAAAGGGAAAGGAAAUUUCAGAUGUUUAUUUGGUUAUAGAAUGCUUUUUUUGUCCUUUAUUUCCUGCUGUGUUGAGUAUUUGCUUAAACAGUAUUGCCAGUUUGACUGAAAUUGUCUACAACAUGACUUGGCAUCUUUGUCAAAACUGCAGGCUUCCAUUUUUGCAGCACUGUACCAUGCACCUAGUUUCUCUAUAGUAACAGUGUGCAAGUUAAAUAUUGGACUGUACCCUUUUUAGUUUUUAAAAGCAGUUGAUAAUUCUGGUGAUUGUGUGAUAAUGUAAAGAGGUGCUAUGAUGGUCAUGCAAUUAAUACUUAAUAUUGAAUCAAUACAAGGAUCUUUAUUGGAUUCACUUUGUGUGUUUUAGUGCUCUGAAGUAGCAAUAUUAAACUUCCCCAAUUAACUUCAUAGGCUUUUAAAACUUCAGUUUGAAGAAAAUAUAUGUACUUAUUGGUAUUAUCCUUGUGGUGGUAAUACACAGUGCAGACUGCACCAGUGCUGACCUAAAUUUAGAGGAAGAUGUCCUGUAAUUGGAAAAUAGGCUUUUCUGUUCAGUAUUAGUGGAGGGUAGGUUUUGUGUACACCCAUAUCCCAUUUUACAUUUCUUGUGAAGUAAUUGCCCAUUGCUGGGGAGGGGUGGGAGGAGAGGGAGUGCGGGGGAGUAGUUGGAAAAGGGGUGUUAUCUUAACAAGUAAGACUUAUGGUCAUGUGGAAACUUGGGACUAACUUAAGGGUCUGUGUGAUGCUAUUUCCCUUGGGAGAUGCACACAGGUUCUCUAAAGUGCUAAGAAAAUAAUUUAAAACUGGAAGUUAAAGAUCUGGAUAAACAUGCUGUAAGGCUGAAUUAAAAAGGAUAAAUGGCUUUCUUUUCGUGUUGAGCUUACAUUCAUAGGAUCAAACUCUGGCUGCCAUAACUUAAGCAUAAUCUACAAUUGAAAUGAAGAUCAAGAUUGAUCUGCAAAUCGGUUUCUGAAUGGGGAAGGAUAUGUCUAAGAACUUUUAUGUAGCUACAAGAAGUAUUUCCUUUUGGGUGGAGAUAGAAUUUCUGCCAAAGGAGGGGAUAAUACAGGAGGAAUAAAACAAUGAAGAGAUCCAAACCUGCAAGUUGGGAAAGGGAUAUUAGUGAGGUGGUAUGCAUGCCUAACUGGAAGCAUAUGCUGGUUUCUCUUACGUGAAAUCUAGCUAUGCUAGAUCCACAAUACUAAAUUCUGGUGUUCUAGCGAAGUUAAGGCACCUUGAGUUCUAAUAUACAGCUCUUCAAGACUUAUGUGCUUGUACACUCAGAUCUUUUUUCAUAUUAUCUUCCCUGUUAUUUGAGGCAGACUUAACUGUAGUCUUGUUUCUUUUUACUCUGAUGUCCUUUCAUUGGUGUUCUGUAGUCAAGGCAGGACAGCAAUGAUGCAUUUAAAAUUCUUAGAAUUCAAGGCUCUUUAAGAGCAUGAUUUCCUUGCUUUGUGGUGCUUCCAUCAAAUUUCUUUACAUUGAAGAGCUCUCAAAGGUGUCAACAGUUGCACAGAGUUGCACAAUAUUAUAGCUAGAGCUUUUGUAGUUUAUGGGGCAAAUGUAAGAUCUUUCCAAAGCAAGAUAGUAAAAACUGUUCAAAACUCCCUACCUGUGUUACAUAGCUGAACUUGCACAUCACCUGAAGACUGAGUAUACGUUACUUUCAGUUACUGCUAAUAACUACGAUUCAUAAGACUUUAUGUAAAAUAUUAAUACUGCAUAAAACUAGUAUUCAUCUGGAGGCUACACUUUCAACUGGGACUUUGAAAUAAGAUAGUAUCUAAAUGUUAGUAUUUAUUUGGCUGAGAGAAGGAUUUUUGUCCCAAAAGGAGAAUCACAGGUUUGGAAUUGUGAACAUAGAGGACACAUGUGGAAACUAUUCUUCAUCUAUUCUGUUUGUUCAUUAACUGGCUUGUACAAUUAAGAUGCUUAUGCUCUGCAGCUUCUAACACUUUACUAUUACAUAUAGUAAAGGUAACAUACUGGUGUCAGAGUUCUGCAUACAGCAGUGCUUCUGGUCUAGCCCAAAUAGACAGAGCCUUUUCAAUUAUUUCUUUCUUGCAGUUAAAUUCUAUUAAUAUUCUGAAGCAUUAUUUCAGUCUAGCACCACAUAAAACAAAAUUUAUCUAUUUUUAUUUGGUUUGUGCCAUUUUUGAGAGAAAACAUUAAACUAGUUGCAGUAAUAGUUUUGCUUGUACUUUAAAGCUGUACCUUAAAGUAUUUGGCAACUUGUUUGUUUUCCCAUUUUAGUACCCUUUAUUUGCUCUGUUAACCUCUGCCACAAUGAUCAAAAAUGCAUGUAUUUACCUGAUAAACACAGGGAGGACAGAUUGUCUCAAGAUGACAAAAGUUAAAGCCCAGUACCUAUUGCUUGGAAGAUUUCCUGUGCUAGUGUAGAAAAUUGAUGUGGAAAAAUAGCAUUUUGCUGUUAUCCAAACUGUGGCUCCUGGAGCCAGAAACAAGUUGACUUUAUGUAAGAAACACUGAUUUGAGAACUGUUUUUGAUUAUUAAAAAAAAAGGUGCUUACUUUGCUUUCUCCUAUGAAUCGUAUAGUUGACCGGUCUCUUCUCCAUGUACAUCAAAUCUAACAUGAAUGUGCGGCAAGUUACAUACAGUACAUCCUGCACUGAAGCUACUGAGCUUGGCUUGCUUAUUAAUGAAGUAAGUUUUAAAUGUUAAAUUUAAAGCUAUAUUACAAUAAAGUAAUGCAAAAAUGAUUUUGGCUGAAACUGAAGUCCUGCAGUUAAACUUACUCAAAUGUGGUUUACCCAGCUGGAGUAAUAGAAACUAAGUCAUAAUAAACCUAAUAAAAAAAUAAAUACAAAUGUUAA